GAUGCUGGAUCAUUUGGAGUCUGCCCGUCCUUUGCGCACCGACUGUUCUGGAGACAGACAGGCAAACCCGCCGCAGAGUCCGAGAGCCGCCUUUAGAGCUUUCACAGAAGGAUAAACCUGCUAAAAAGGCACCCAACUUUCUUCCGAGGCUGAAUUUUUGUGUUUGUUUUUGCGGCAGAUCGCGUGGACUGUUUAGAAACACCUUUUUCAUUUUCAUACGAGGAUACCUGUAUGUCUUACUGAUGGAACAGGGUCACUCCAACGCCCUCCUGCAGCCUCCCAACACCACCUAACAUUUCCUGGAAGAACGUGUCCAUUGCGUGCUCCCAAGAAACAUGGACUGUUUUCCCAUGCUUUCUUUUCUGUCGAGACAUCAUGAUUCCUGGUAAUCGAAUGCUGAUGGUCAUUUUAAUAUGCCAAGUCCUGCUGGGAGAAAGCAACCAUGCUAGUCUAAUACCUGAAGAAGGGAAGAAGAAAGUACCUGGCCUGCAGGGUCGUUCGGCCGCUCAGAGCCAUGAACUGUUGCGGGACUUUGAGGCCACACUGCUGCACAUGUUUGGCCUCAAGAGGCGGCCACGGCCCAGUCGCUCAGUCACUGUGCCCCGCUACCUGCUGGACCUCUACAGGCUGCAGUCGGGGGAGGCUGAAGAGGUCGGAGCUCACGACAUUGACUUCGAGUACCCCGAGAGGUCGGCCAGCCGGGCCAACACUGUGAGGGCCUUCCACCAUGAAGAGCACAUGGAGAGGUUCCAUGAGGUGGGUGAUGGAGAAUCCAUUCCUCUUCGCUUCCUGUUCAACCUCAGCAGCAUUCCAGAGGAUGAGCUGCUGUCCUCUGCAGAGCUAAGACUUUACCGUAGUCAGAUUGAUGCGGCCACCGCUGACAAACAGAGCCUGCACCGCAUAAACAUCUAUGAGGUCCUGAAACCCCCACAGCCCGGGCAGCUCAUCACCCAGCUUCUGGAUACACGGCUUGUUCGACACAAUGCGUCCCGCUGGGAGAGCUUUGAUGUCAGCCCUGCCAUUUUGCGCUGGACUCGUGAAGGCGAACCUAAUUACGGACUGGCUGUAGAGGUUCUACACCUUAACCAGACCCCACGCCAUCAGGGCCGACAUGUUCGCAUCAGUCGCUCGGUCAGUCAGGAGCCCGGCGAGGACUGGGAGCAGGUGCGCCCUCUCCUGGUGACCUUCGGCCACGACGGGAAGGGUCACCCGCUGACCCGGCGGACCAAGCGCAGUCCCAAACAACGGGGCCGCAAAGGCAGGCGCAACUGUCGGCGCCAUGCAUUGUACGUAGACUUCAGUGACGUAAACUGGAACGACUGGAUAGUGGCACCACCUGGCUACCAAGCGUAUUACUGUCAUGGAGAGUGCCCCUUUCCCCUGGCAGAUCAUUUAAACUCCACCAAUCAUGCCAUUGUUCAGACACUGGUGAACUCUGUGAAUAACAACAUUCCCAAGGCCUGCUGCGUACCAACAGAGCUCAGCGCCAUCUCCAUGCUCUACCUGGAUGAACAUGACAAGGUGGUCCUGAGAAACUACCAGGAAAUGGUAGUCGAGGGCUGUGGCUGCCGCUAGUGGACACAUUUGCAAAAAACCUGGACAAAGAAUGGUGCCUUGAUCGAAGCAAUGUGGACACUAAAACAAAUCAGAAGGUCUUUUUCCCAAAAAUGCUCACUUGGACCCUUAUUUAUAACUCUUACGAGGUGUAUGUUUGUCUCACUUUUUUGUUUUCUUUGACAAUAUGAUCAUAUAUUUUGACAAAAUAUAUAUAUAUUUAUAUCUACAUAUUAAAAAUAAAUUGAGUUCUUAUUUUAAACAUAAAGAAACUGUUUAUCCUUCCAUAAUGUACAUUGGAUUGUGUAAGUUUUUUUUUUUAUUAUCUAGAAAAUAGUAACAAUAGUAAACAAGAAAGUCACCCAAAAAGGUAUUAUUUGCUGGUAAUAUUUAUUGCUUUCAUAAUAAAAAAAAUUAAUUGCGUCCUUCCACCUUCACAAAAAAAUUAUUAUUUUUAAACAAAUCCUGCGACACAUUUAAAGUUAACUGACUUUUAUGAACUAGUUGAAGACACAAUCAAUAUGUUCAUAAAAGGCAUUAAAAUAAACUUGACAACAAAUAAAAUAAAACCGACAACAAAAAGGCUGUCAAUCUCUAUAAUUUUGUGAAAUUAAACUGGAAUAAAUUUAAAGAUAAGUUGAA